AAAGAUUAGACCAGAAAAGAUUACUCAGUUCAGUUCGUUCGUGUGGUCCGUGAGUGUGAAAAAAUCGUGAAAAACAGUGCUAAUUUUCGCGUAACGAUGGCAAAUCCGUGCGAAAAGGUUGCCUAAAUAGCCCGUGAGCACGCAGCACUUGAAAUCCGCACCCCGGACGCGAUGAAUUGUCACCAGAUCUUGAGCGGAGCCUGCAACGCUGGCGAUCGUUGUUUUGCAGUCGGAUCCGUCGAAGGUGUUCCAUUUACAGCCUACGCGGCGGGAUGCAACAUCGUCGUGCUAGCCAGCAACUUUGAGCGCGUCCAGAUCAUCCCGGGCGCGGUCCACAACUACAUACGAAUAUCGGCCCUGGACUGCAGCACCGACACCGGUAAGAUUGCCGCCGCCUACGAGGAUAAAGUGUGCAUUUUCGAGCCAACACCGCUGAUUCAUAGCGAUCGACCGGCGUCGCACGGCUUGGAGUACAAAUGGGUUCAAACGGGUAGCCUGCAAGCGACCUCGCACAUCAGUUCUCUUUCGUGGAACUUGGAGGGAACCCGUCUGCUGACCGGUGGAACCGUACUUCAACUCUGGCACGAGCGGUUGUCCAAGCAAGAUGACGACGAACCAACUUCGGUCAAGUUUGAAAUCGGCGGAGAUCGUGACCCCAAAACGCCAACCAACGAGGAAGAGUCCGACUCGAGCUGGGACUGCGUUUGGAAGUGUCACACCGCCACACCGGUCCACCAUAUGGCGUUCAGCCCCGACGGGACGCUCUUUGCCACGUCCGGCAAGAGUGACCGCCUGGUGAAGGUUUGGUACGAGAAUAAGCACAUUUUAUUCCCAAACAAAAGCUUCGACCAGUCUCAGUCGCAGAGUUUCAGCGGAAUUCCGGAGACCAGCUACGGCUUCGUGUACGUCGCCCAUCCUCGAGCAGUGACUGAUUUGUCGUGGCGCAAAACCAGCAAAUACAUGCCGAAGGGAUCCGUUUCGAACAUGCUCGUGACGUCCUGUUUGGACAACAUUUGCCGCAUUUGGGUGGAGACGGUCCUGCCGGACGAUGGACUCGUCAACAUGAACCAAUUUGACCCCCUUGCAUCACAGAAUCCAAAGUUCCGGACGCACCGGCACAAGCAUCGGUUUAUGCAGCGAUUGAAGCACAUGAAGACCUGCUUCCACAUCAGGCGUCACGCGAAACACAACGGAGCGACCGGGUUGAACGGAAUGGGAGCGAGCUUCGGAGGACCCGGGGCUAGUUCCGGCUUUGGAAAUGCUCCGAUACCGACGCUGCCGUCGACGUACAGUGUGCACGAUUUCCAUUCGUACGGUUAUCAUGGAACCGGAAUGACACCAGGGCUGCACUUUCAUCUGGCGGCCUCAAUCAACGCCGAGACGGACAUUCCGUUGGUUCCGUCGAUGCACACGAACGAUCCCUCGGCGCAACCCAAUUUUAUUCUACACUGGCUUAACAAUAAGGAGAUGCAUUUCUCCCUUCAAGCUGAGGCUAUUUUACAGGAAAUGACCAGAAAGGUGAUCGAGAAGGAAGAUUUACUGUCCGGCGCCAACAGUGAUGGCCACUCGGAGGUUCUCCACGAAGAGGAGCUUCCGAACGGAGAGGAUGGCAAGAGAAGACCAAAAAUGAAGCCCACUUUCUCGCAGGACGAAAGCAACAGCGAUGAUCAUGCACCGCCCUAUCCAAACAAUCGAUCUCACUCGGUGGGAGGUGCGUCACACGCUGGACUGCCAAGUCACCAUUCGCUGUCGAACACGACCUCCAUCAACUCGCUCGUCAACGACGGAAACAUACACGUGACCGAUUCGCUGGACAUGAAGAUCGAGUGUCUGCUGCGGGACUGGCAUCACAGCCCGGAUUUGCUCUUUUCGAUCCAUCCGAUCGACGGAAGUUAUCUGAUCUGGGUCGUUGAAUGGCUUGACGAGUACCAUCCGGGAUCGUUCCGCCAGGCGCAGGUUUCAUUCUCAACGCGGAUCCCAUCGGCGUUCCCGCUGGGCGAUGCAAUGUCCAUGUCAACGACGGUCGCCCUUUACAACACGGGCGGAAAUCUCGGCUUCCGGGACAUGAUCGUGCGGGGACCGAAAGCUACCAAUUGCAGUUUGCCACCGGACGUGAACAGUGACAUUGUUACCUCGUUGCCCAGUGUCAUGGAGGAGAACGAAGUCAACGAAGAAGAGAACGAAAAUGCCAGCGUGCAGGAGGAUGAUGGAGCCAAAGCCGGUGCCGACGCCGCUGGCACCGAGAACGGCGAACAGGCGGACAUUCUGACCGCACCACCUUCGCCGACCAUUUCGAUGGUAACGAAGCAUUCGAACGGAACGCUGAACCUGUGGCAACUGACUUUCGCCGACAAGACCAAAUUCUCGCAAGUUCUUAGCAUUGGACAUGCCUCGCGUGCAUCAGGUCACCGGUUCCGGGUGAACGACAUAACCUGCCACCCGGUGCUCCCCCUGCUGCUAACCACAUCACAUCACAAUAUUCCAGACAUUCCCAACGCCAACGUUGGCUAUCCAGGCAAGGAGCAAACGGCGCCGGACGGAACCGACCAGAAACCACAACGGGCAAAGGACGUCUGCGCCCCGUCCGGCUUCUGCUCGGAGCUGAUCUUGUGGCGCGUUGACGCGGUCGGUCCUCUGUCUCAGUCCGGCGGAGUUAGCGAGCUGGCUCGUAUCAAUUCGCCGGAAAUAUCUGCGUUCAGUAACGUAGCGUGGAUUCCCACCCUGCUGCCAAGUACGACGCUAGGAAACCUGAGCAACUCACCGUCGGCAUGUUUUGUGGCUAGCGACGGUGAAAGUCUGCGCGUGUACCAAGCCGUGAUCGACGCUCGAACGCUUCUCGCAGAGAUAUCCAGCUCGGAGCGUCGAUUCCGUCGGAUGGAUUCCAUGGUGUCGCUUUCGACGGAAUCUUCGUCGGAACAGGUUCCCGGAGUCCACUCCGCACUGCACGACAAAAUCAAGAUCGUUUCGCAGCAGUCGACGGCCCGUCCCGGUUGCAUCAUUCAGCUGGACGCGAUCGACGAUGCGAUCCACGAUUGGCAAAACACGCAGUUCCUGCACGUGUUCCAAGAACAACUGAUUACGGGCGAACGUUCAGAGGAAUCCGUCAUCUUCAACACCGAAGCCAAGCAUGUGGGACUGAUGGACGGUCAAAUGGGCGCCAUGGUUGAUCUUCAGCGCAAUGCUCAAUUCGAGGAACCGUUUUAUCUGGUGGUUCUGGAACGUACCCAAAACGGAACAACGAUCCACAUGUGGCGCAUCGUCAUAGCAUCACAACCAGCUGGGCCGGAUGAACUCAGCAGCAGCAUGAUGUACGUCCCCGACAGUAACUUGGUGCAGGACUUGGACGACCCGGACGUUACGCACCGUGCAUCGAUGGCGGGAGUGCAGCUUCCGGAUGACGUCAAAAUUCCGAUCGACCAGAGUCCGCACGUAAACAUUUCGACCACGAAAGUGUGCACCCAAGAGUUGCCGCUGCCCGACGGAGUCGACGUAAUCCAUGCAGCUCCAGCCGCCGGCCAUUUAAGCUCUUCGUCAAUCUACCCGGCCUGUUUCGCUCCGUACAUCGUCGUAACGGCCUGCUCGGACUCUACGGUACGGUUUUGGAAGUGCAAAGUGACCAAGAAUGGGUCCGAAACUACGUUCAAGUACGAAUGGUGCGAGUGGGAAAUGAUCCGAAAGGACCAGGAAUCAACCAUCGACGUAAACGGCCAACUGUUGCACAUCAGCGCUGCCUAUUCCGGCCGCAUUGCGUGUGCAUUCAAGUAUGGAAAGUCGUUCACAAGACCAACGAAAAGCAGCGAUCCGGAGUCGCGGUACGUCAACCUGUGCGUGGCCAUCUACGAGUGCGAAAGUACUGGUGGCAGCGAGUGGGUCCUCGAGGACACCAUCCACCUGAAGAAUAUUCAUUUGCCACGGAUCCAGGUCGAUCCACAUCUGGACUUGAGCUACUUGUACGACAAUAAGACACUGCAGAAGAAGCAACGUUUGAACCAGAUGCUACAAACAAUGACCCACGAUGACAAUCGCUCGAGCCGGAACGGGGACGUUACUCCGGAAGCGCUGGCCAAGCCAGGAUCCGGAUUGUUGGCAGUGCCAAGCUUCAGCACGUUGCAGUCACUGCGAAAGAGCAUCACCGAACAUGGAAACACGUGCCCGUUGACGCAGAAGCACCUGGUUCAGCUGGACUGGGUCUCCAAGGAGGACGGUUCGCACAUCCUGACCGUAGCGGUCGGCAGUAAAAUCAUGCUGUUCACGCCCGUGUCCAGCGAUUUGGCCCAAUCCAACAUGAAGGCCAUGAAAGAGUCACAAUCAACGAAUCGUCCGCUGCUGCGGAAGGCAAGUUCCUUGGCACAGCCACACUUUAACGACGAAAUACGAUGGAUGAAGCUGCGUCAGAUCGAGCUACGUACGGCGGACAGUCUGCCACCGCUUCCCAUGCAGAUCUCCUGGGUUCGAGAUGGUAUCUUUGUCGCCGGCAUGGAUUCCGAAAUGCACGUGUACUCCCAGUGGAAGCCACAGCUCAACGCCAUCAACCACAUGGACAUCGAAGAUUUGUACGACAAUCGUUACCUAAAGGACGAAGAUCUGCGUUCGCUCGCUCAGGAAAACACCCAACGACGACUGGCGAACGUCUCGUCGAUGCCGGUUCUGUCGCGAGUUAGCUCCAUCAAUCUGCAAAUGUUGUCCAACGAUAGCAAGAAAAAGAAGGUCGGCACAGCCAGCACGGGUCAAAUCAACAACGGCGCCGAUCAACAGCAACCGAUCCACGACUACAUGACCGACUACGGGCUGUUCGAGGCGUCCCGGAUCGCCUGUCCGGUUCUGCCGCAGUACCAUCCGAAACAGCUCAUGGAGUUGCUCAACUCGGGUAAGAUUCGCUGGGUCAAGGCGAUUCUGGCGCAUCUGGUGCGUUGCAUCAGCGGGUCGUACAGCGUCCGGGGUGGCGGCAGUGGCGACGAGGAGAGCCUCAACAGACAGCGUGGUUGGUCUAGAUCUCGCACACUUUCUGUUAGCUGUCCAGCAGGCACUGUUAGUCCUCUUGAACCAAGAGGAUCGACGACACAGAUUCCGGAAGAGUUGACCCUUGACUAUGCGGAAAUCACGUCGAUUCCUCCGCUGCCCCUGUGGACCUUGCUGGCUGCGGACAAGGAAACGGCGGGACUGAAGGCUCAGCAGAGCGAGGAUGUUAAGGAUUACAACGAGCUCUUCGAGAGCAAUGUCGUCGACGAAUCGUUGGAUGAUUUGCUGGAAGACGAACCGGACAUCAAUCGGCACGCCGAUCGCCGCUCAUCGCUUCCGGAGAAGCACUAUCUGUCCCACUUUGGACCGCGCCAGGGUCAGCUGUUGUCGCGUCUGUUGACUCACACCCAUCUGCCGGGUCUUUCGUCGCUCGAUCAGAUGCACCUGCUGGCGCUGGCCGAUACUGUGUCAACGUGCAAUACGGACUUUGCUGAGCGCUUCGCUAUUGAUGCGGCGAAAACGGCGAUUGCCAAAGAGAACUUGACCGGGGUGCCGAACACGGAGGCUGUUUCGACCGACUCGCUGGACGACUGUGGGCUGCGGUUCUUGCUCGCGAUGAAGCAUUACAACUACUUGCUGCGUUGUCUGCCGAUCGUGCAGAGACAGUCGUUCCAGAAGCAGGGCGUGGGAACGGCCAACAUCGUGUGGGCGUUCCACUCGGAAAGUGAGGAAGAAUUGCUGAACCUGAUUCCGUCUUACGCCAAGGGUCAACCCAAGUGGCACGUGUUGAAGGAGUUGGGUGUUGGCUGGUGGUUACGGAAUAACAACCUGCUGAGGCAGUGUAUUGAGCGGUUGGCCAAGGCAUCGUUCCAGGCGAACCAGGAUCCGCUGGAUGCAGCGCUGUACUACAUGGCAAUGAAGAAAAAAUCCGUCGUCUGGGGAUUGUACCGGUCGAAGCGGGACGAAAAGAUGACCGCAUUCUUUGCGAACAACUUCAGCGAGGAUCGCUGGCGGAAGGCGGCCCUCAAGAACGCGUUUGCACUGCUGGGCAAGCAACGGUUUGAUCACGCUGUGGCAUUCUUCUUGCUUGCCAAUUCGUUGAACGAUGCACUGGAAGUGUGUUUGACGAAACUACAGGAUCUUCAGUUGGCCCUGGUCAUUACCCGUCUGUACGAAGGAGAGCACGACGCCACGCCACCCAGCUUCAAGCGAUUGCUGUACGAGGAAGUGCUCGGUUGCGAUAAGAACGGUGAGAAUCAGGAUCUUAGCCGUGCCCAUCCCGAUCCGUUCCUGCGCUCGAUGGCUCUUUGGCUGCUGAAGGACUAUUCCGGAAGUCUGAGCACUCUGCUGAACAGCAACAUCGGUAGCAUGCAUCCGCUGUUUGACGACGACAACAACACUUCCCACUCGGAGGCGGCACACGCCACGAAUCCGAACGUGUUUAACUUUUACGUGUAUCUGCGGACGCAUCCGCUGUUGAUCCGUCAACACAUUGCCACUUCGGUGCAGGACAAGAAGCGUGCCCAAGUGGUGCUGGCCGGUUUCAGCUAUGGCGGUGAGGUGGCAUCAGCUGCCAAGCCAGGACUUGCUACCGAUAAGCAAAUCCAGCUGGAAGACACGAUCACGCCGUUGGAACGCCAACUGUACUUUACCACGGCUCAUGCCCACUUUAAAGCCGGGUGUCCAGCGCUAGCGUUGGAAGUGCUCAGCAAGCUGCCAACGAAGGUGAUUGAUCAGGAUUCGAGCAGUCAGCUGCAGAGUCCAAACGAUGCCAAAACCACGUGCAAUCUGAUCACGACCGGUAUCCUGGACUGGAGCAAGAGUAGCCAGGGCGAUUCGGGCAAAGAGACGACCAGUUCAAUCGACUGGGGAGCGCCGGCAUCGUCGACGACCGUCGAUUGGAGCACUCCGGCAAGUGGUUUCGACUGGGGAGCACCGGUGACUUCGCAGAUUUCGAACGGCCCUGACGAGUUUAAGAUUGAGUGGGACGAGGAGGAAAAGAAUGACGAUGAAGAUGAGGAUAGUGACGAAGGAAUUCAACUGAAGAAACCUGAAAAGGAGGAAAAGAGCGAAGCUGAAGAGAGCAAGGAAGAGGAGGACGGCAAUGCAAAGGGAAGCUUGGACAUAAUGGCGCAACAGUUGAAGUUUAUUGCAUGUUUGAAGAUUUUGAUGGAAGAACUGUCGACGCUGGCGACCGGAUUCGAAGUGGACGGCGGACAGUUGCGCUACCAGUUGUACGUUUGGCUGGAGCGCGAGGUGGAAGCGCUGAAGCAGCUGUGCAAUUACAGCACUGGUGAUUCAGACAACACCGCAAUCGAAGACAAUAACAAUCUGGACUUGAUGGACAGAGACACUCCGGUGCUUGCAAACAAGUUCCCCCACGACAAGCCAACGCUUCACGAGAUCCUGAUCCAGGAGAAGCAAGACUUUGAAGCGAAGGUUCAACGAGCCGCCAGGAGAAAGCGCUGGCUGAAGGCGAACGAAACGUUGUUACGAACAUUGCUCAGCUAUUGCUCGCUGCAUGGCGCCAGCGGUGGCGGAUUGGCGUCAGUCCGGAUGGAGCUGGUGCUGCUUCUGCAGGAACUUCAGCAGGAGAAGACGCAACAACAGCUGCUCAGUCCGUUACCAUUCCCAACGACGUUGCCACUGUUGAGUGCAUGUGUGGCAGGCAACAAAACCGUCAUCGCCGAUCCGUUGCGAUAUCUGCAGUCCCACACGCACGACAUGCUGCAAACCAUUGUCGACAUGCGAAGUCCGCCGCACGCUCACCGGACUGUCUUCCCCAACGGGAUAUUCGUCCUGCGGGAUCUUGGAGUGGCCCUGUCGGCUUGUAUCUACCAAUCGCUGUGCGAUUCGGACACGUUCAGCGUGAAGCAAUCGACGGUGAGCGAGGGAUGCCACAGUCCCGGAAUGGAGACGAUAGCCAAGCUGAACGCCAGCUGCCAAAGCACUCAUCUGAUGGCGAACGCCGCCGCGCACCAAAGACGACGAAAGUAUUCGACAGACGAACCACUCGCAGUAAGCACUCCUCCUUCCAAAUGGCCAGGUGUAACCAAUCUCCGGGCGCUUCUGGCCCGCGAAAAGGACGAGGACACACCGCGGUUGAACGUUUUGCUGUGCGAAUCGUUCGUGGCCACCUACAUGGCCCUGUUUGUGUACGCCCUGACGACCUGCGACUGCCACAUUCUGUACCGCCUCGCUGGCCAGAACUUUACCGACUACACAUGGUCGGCGCUGUACGGUGGAGGCGUCAAAAAGCUCCUCCGUAAGGCAACGUCCCAUGUACAGGCGGUCCAGCAAGCGGUACAGGCGCAGGUCCAGCAGGAAAGCCUCGACAGUCCGACCGUGGCCGACGGUGGAAGCGUCUGGGGAGCGGUUACUUCACUGACGAAGCAACGCGUGAAGCUCAAUAUGAAGCUGCUUGGGCAUUUUGCUGGGCCCCAGGGCCCCGCCAACAUGAAGGAGGACAAGCCAACUUAUCGCGAGCAGUUCGUCCCGCCCGAGAUGUCGAUGGUGUCGUACUUCCUGACCAAGCCGGUUCCAAAGGGUGAGCCCGACGAGGAGGACUACGAUUCGGCCGACUCGGCCGUGUCGGAUCUGGACGACGAAGACGAGGACGAGGACGUGUUCAACGAUCCGCUCAACAACGACCCCAAGGUGAGCCAGGUUUCGGCCGCGGUGCGGAAACAUCGUCGCGAAAACACCGAACACUCCAAUCCGGGCUCGUACUCGUGGUGCAUCCUGCGGUUCGCGCUCAUCCGGGUGGCCCAGAACCAGCUGCAGACGUUCAUCAACGUGGCGGGAAUCGAGAUGCAGGAGUUGCCUGUUUGCAGUCCGCUAAUUCACGGGAUCCUGCGGAGUCUCUCGUCGUGGCAGGAAUUGUUGAGGGAAGAGCUGGAACACCGUGGUCCAGCGUCGGUAGAUUACAUUCCAGGCUGUUUUGUCGAAUCGGAAGCAAAAGGCCCCGCAAUCCACAAGUAUCGUUCGCUGCUGGAAAAGUCCAACACCCCGUUCAGCCCCUGUCUUUCAUCGGCCGCGCCUGCCCGACGCCUCUGGAACUAUCUGGUGCGCAUCGAGAUGGUGCAGGAAAUUUUCAUCCGCGCAGUAUUCGGCAAGAAGAAGCCCUCGCCCAACCUGUCCGACACGGCCAUCGGAUCGAUCACCAACUCGGGCAACGAUUCCGGCACGCCGAUCGGAAACGAGUCGGCCGGCGGGGCGGCGACGGCGGCCGGAGGUGGUGCGCCCGCCCACUUGCAAAACAUUCCAGAGCCCGUACGGAUCAUCCACAAGGACCAGGAGCAGAUAUCGGCCUUCUGUCUGAACGUGGUCAAUCCAGGCCUGCUGUCGCUGGCAACGCCUCGCGAGGUUCAGGAGAUGGACAUUUCGCUGCUGCUCGAAUCUCCCAACUGGAUGGAGGACGAGUGCGAGAUGGACAUUAUGAACCUGUCCAAGGACAUCGAAACGAUGCCGUCGAGCAACUUCCUGGUGAUACAAACCGCUACAGACAGGCAUCUGAACACGAACCUAAACUCCGCACAAAACUUUGGAGCACCGGCUAGCCCACAACCUGGAAUUGCGGGACAAUCGGGACGUGGUGCUUCCGUGAUAAAAGGAGCAACGUUUCCAGGAAGUCAGUGUCCACGCUUCUGCAAGCUGGUUAUUGAGCGUUCAAAGCACUUACUGAAGCCGGUGCUCAAACACAAGGUCGACAACAUCAAGCGGAUGAGUGCGCACCCGCUGAUGCCGCUGUACCUGACCGGGGGCCAGGACGGCUCGGUCCAGAUGUGGGAGUGGGGCCACCAGCAGGUCGUCUGCACGCCCCGCCCACCCGGCACGUUCGCCAAGGUGACGCGGUGCCGGUUCUCGCAGCACGGCAACAAGUUCGGCAUCGCCGACGGGGACGGCAACCUGAGCCUGUGGCAGGUUGGAUUAGCUAGUCAGAGUAACAGACCGUUCUUUACUUAUCAAUGCCAUAAUAAGGGAAUUACAGAUUUCGUGUUUCUGGGUUCGUGCAGUCUGGUUGCAACAGCGGGUCACAGUUCGGAAAGCAAAAACGUUGCCAUAUGGGAUACGCUGCUGCCGCAGAAGAAGGCGCUGGUGUCAGCAUUCACGUGUCACGACCAGGGCGCGUCCAGCUUGGCGUACGCUCCGCAGCACCAGUUGUUGAUAUCGGCCGGCAAGAAGGGUGACGUGUGUAUAUUUGAUGUUCGCCAGCGCGUACUUAGACAUCGGUUCCAGGCCCACGAGAAUCCAAUCAAAUGUCUGGCGAUAGACCCUCACGAGGAGCACUUUGUGACCGGAUCAGCUGAUGGGGAUAUCAAGGUUUGGGGACUGACCGUGCACACGUUGCUGUACAGCUUCAUGGGCGAGCACGCGCGCAGCAGCUUCUUCAAGCACAUUGGCCAGGGCGUCACGCAGCUCCAGAUCGACCAGGGUGGACGGUUGUUCUCGUGCGGUGCCGACGGUUCGAUGAAGGUCCGACAGCUGCCGGACCGCGAAUCGAUUGUUCACUCGUUGUAUUAACUAGAAACUAGAAACAGACCGACAGACAGAGGGUAGGCUGAAAAAGAAAAGAAAAAGAAUAUUAAAAACAAAAGAAAAACAGUAUAAUACAGGACGUUGCAAAAAAAGAAAACAAAUACUAACAGCAAAAAUAUAUUGUGUUUAAACAUUAGGAAAUUUAUAACAAGCUCCUUAAGUGUUAUAGUAAUUGUAACAAAUGUUGAGAUAUAAAACAAACAAACCACACCUACGCAUAAACAACAUCAAGCAUUGAUAAAUUUUACCUCCGGGAAUACUAAUAUCCGUUAGACGCAGAAUAAUCUUAAACGAAAGCAAAAACUACACACAGACAACUCACAGACUUUUUCAAAUUACUGUCACGAGAUAAAGAAUAUACAUAAACAGCAAAAAAUAUACACACAACAAAACAAAUACUAUUAAAGCAAACUUGUGCAUCUAUCUAUUCCUAUUCUAAACAAAUAAAUUGAUACUUUCAUUAAACUUUACUUGAAGCAUCGUGUGAAUCGAAAGAAGAAAAAUCAUACUUACCGCAGACAAUACCCUUGUUGAGACGUAAAACUCUAUGAAACAAAAUAAAAAGAUAAAGAACAUACCAAAAAAAGAAGAAAAUAAAAGUGAGCAGGAUAUGAAACAGAUACAUCGUACAUAUAGCAAAGCAAACGAGAGGAUGAUGAAAUUUUAGACUAGAGCAAUGUAGCAAUGAAGCAAGAUAUAAUAACUAUUGAAAGAAAAAGUCAGAGAUGAUAAGUAGAUAGUCGUAGGCCGCCGCAGCAGAAGAUGUUUUACCCGCAAGAUAACCAAUCCUCUCCUCUCUCUCCUCGAGCGAUACUUUUCGAUGAUAUUAACAACUGUUUUCUGCUUACUUGUUUCGCAUGUUUGCUAAUAUGCUAAUAUCCUUCAAUUUGCGUUACCGCGCGCGUGUAUUGUUCAUUUCCGGGUAUUAAUUAAGAGUGUGCGCGUUCGUGUGUUACGUUAUUUUUCCGCAUUUCGCUUUCGUAAAGGAAUUAAAAUUAAAACAGAGUCAUUUGCCAUCCAAGAUUGGCACGCGUUGAAGGAGAGGAAGCAAAUGAGCAAGUACCACAAUAAAAACAACACACAACACAUUUUACACCCUAGUAGACACACUAACAAAGUUACUCACACACAAACACAUUACUAUGCCCCUAUGUUUGAUCACAUAAAAAAACAACUACGCAAACCCCAAGCUGUUAUUAAAAAAAUGAAUCCACCUAUUUACAAACACAAUUUACUGUUAACAGUCAAAAUGAUGCAACAUUAACGAAAAAAUAAAGAAGAAGAAAAAAAUCAUGAUUUAGGGAAUGAGCAAGUGGCUUAGACGCUGCUAGGAAUAAGAUAUAAUAAAUAAAUACAACAAAAGUGAGCAACAAAUAGGAACAGGAGUGCGUACGGAGAAUGCAUAACUUACAACCUAGGGAAAAUUUUAUUUAUUUAUGAAUAAAUGUUUAUCGUUGAAA